CAGCGCUGCGCCGCCACUGCCCCGGCCCCGCGUCCGAGCGGAGGGGGUGCAGGCAACAACAUCAAAAAAAUAAAAUAAAAAUAAAUCCGGGGGAGUGAAUCGUGCCGGCUCCGCGGGACCGAGCGGGGCUUCGCCUCCCCUUGUCCUUCGCAGACCCGCGGCAUGGGCGGCGGGGCUGCGGGGAGGCGCUGCCCGGAGCGGCUGGCGCUGGUGCUGGGGCUGUGCAGCUGGGCGGCCGCGCUGCGAGGAAAUGAUAACAGUGAAGCCCUUCCAGAGUCUAUCCCAUCUGCUCCUGGAACUCUGCCUCACUUUAUGGAGGAACCAGAUGAUGCCUACAUUAUAAAAAGCAACCCCAUUGUCUUACGCUGUAAAGCUAUGCCAGCCAUGCAGAUUUUCUUCAAGUGCAACGGUGAAUGGGUCCAUCAAAAUGAGCACGUGUCGGAGGAAAGCAUGGAUGAGACCACAGGCUUGAAAAUUCGAGAGGUGUUCAUCAACGUGACGAGACAGCAGGUGGAGGACUUCCAUGGGCCCGAAGAUUACUGGUGUCAGUGUGUUGCAUGGAGCCACCUAGGGACCUCAAAGAGUAGGAAGGCAUCUGUCCGCAUAGCCUAUUUACGGAAAAACUUUGAGCAAGACCCGCAAGGGAAGGAGGUUCCUAUCGAAGGGAUGAUCGUUCUCCACUGCCGGCCACCUGAGGGAGUCCCCGCAGCUGAGGUGGAAUGGCUGAAGAAUGAAGAGCCCAUUGAUUCCAACCUGGACGAGAACAUUGACACCAGAGCAGACCACAACCUGAUCAUUCGACAGGCACGUCUGUCUGACUCUGGGAACUAUACCUGCAUGGCUGCCAACAUUGUUGCCAAGAGAAGGAGCAUGUCUGCGACAGUUGUGGUUUAUGUUAACGGAGGCUGGUCGUCGUGGACUGAGUGGUCAAACUGUAACGCGCGGUGUGGUCGGGGCUGGCAGAAGCGUUCACGGACCUGUACUAACCCUGCUCCACUCAACGGAGGUGCUUUUUGUGAAGGAAUGUCAGUGCAGAAAAUUACCUGUACUUCUCUCUGCCCUGUGGAUGGAAACUGGGAGGUGUGGAGUGAGUGGUCUGUGUGCAGCCCAGAAUGCGAGCAUUUGAGAGUUCGGGAAUGUAUUGCACCGCCUCCUCGAAACGGAGGAAAAUACUGCGAGGGCUUGAGUCAAGAGUCCGAGAAUUGCACUGAAGGGCUUUGCAUUCAAGAUAAAAAACCUCUUCAUGAAAUAAAAUCCCAAAAUAUAGAGAAUGCCAGUGACAUUGCCUUGUACUCCGGCCUGGGAGCAGCAGUCAUCGCCGUGGCCGUGCUGGUGGUCGGCGUUACCCUUUACAGACGGAGUCAGAGUGAGUACGGCGUGGAUGUGAUUGAUUCAUCUGCACUGACAGGAGGCUUCCAGACAUUUAAUUUUAAAACAGUCAGACAAGGUAACUCCCUGCUUUUGAACUCAUCCAUGCAGCCUGACUUGACAGUGAGCAGAACGUAUAGUGGGCCGAUCUGCCUGCAGGACCCGAUGGACAAAGAGCUAAUGACGGAGUCUUCGCUGUUUAACCCCCUGUCAGACAUCAAAGUCAAGGUUCACAGUUCAUUCAUGGUUUCCCUAGGGGUGACAGAGAGGGCUGAAUAUCAUGGAAAGGCACAUUCUGGAACUUUUCCUCAUGGGAACAAUAGAGCUUUUGGUACGAUACAGGCUAGAAACAAGGCUACAUAUAUUCAGAACCUGUCUUCUAUUUCAACACAAAGUGAGCUGAAGACAACUGCCAUUUUUGGACACCUGGGUGGUCGUUUGGUGGUUCCAAACACAGGAGUCAGUCUGCUGAUACCACAUGGAGCAAUUCCUGAAGAGAGUUCAUGGGAAAUUUAUCUUGCCAUCAACCAAAGGGAGUCCAGCCUACAGCCGGAAGGCACGGAUGUUCUUCUGGGACCAGAAGUAACCUGUGGCCCCUCAGAUGUGUCCGUCAGCACUCCAUUUGCCUUGACUAUCCCACAUUGCGCAGAAGUGAACUCAGAGCACUGGAGUAUUCACUUGAAGAAAAGGACACAGCAAGGAAAAUGGGAGGAAGUGAUGUCUGUGGAAGAGGAAACUACUUCUUGCUACUGCCUGUUGGAUCCUUAUGCCUGUCACAUUCUCUUAAACAGCUUUGGAACUUAUGCACUUAUUGGAGAACCCAUCUCUGACUGUGCCGUUCGACAGCUGAAAGUAGCGGUUUUUGGCUGCCUGUCUUGCAAUUCUCUGGAUUACAAUUUGAGAGUAUAUUGUAUGGAUAACACACCUUGUUCAUUUCAGGAAGUGGUUUUGGAUGAAAGACUCCAAGGAGGACAAUUACUGGAGGAACCAAAACUUUUGCAUUUCAAAGGGAAUACCUUCAGUCUUCAGAUAUCUGUCCUUGAUAUCCCUCCUUUCCUUUGGAGAAUCAAACCAUUUACUGCAUGUCAGGAGGUCCCGUUCUCUCGUGUGUGGUGCAGCAACCAGAAGCCGCUGCACUGUGCCUUUUCGCUGGAGCGCUACACUCCUGCCACGACACAGCUGUCCUGCAAGAUCUGCGUCCGACAAGUCAAGGGUCACGAGCAAAUCCUACAGAUCCAGACAUCCAUUCUAGAGAGUGAAAGAGAAAGCAUCACUUUCUUUGCACAUGAUGACAGCAACUUCCCUGCACAGAUGGGCGCAAAAGCAUUCAAAAUCCCCUACUCCAUCAGACAAAGGAUCUGCGCAACAUUUGACACACCCAAUGCCAAAGGCAAAGACUGGCAGAUGUUAGCACAAAAAAACAGCAUCAGCAGGAAUCUCUCCUAUUUUGCUACACAAAGCAGUCCAUCUGCUGUCAUUCUGGACCUCUGGGAAGCCCGACAUCAACAUGACGGAGACCUUGACUCCCUUGCUUGUGCACUGGAAGAAAUAGGAAGGACACACUCCAAAAUCUCAGACAUAACAGAAACUGAGAUUGAGGAACCUGACUUCAACUACAGCAGACAAAAUGGACUUUAGUCCCUUCUUUUCCAUUCAAGAACCGAUGGCCAGCUUUGACUUUUACACUAGAGAAUCUCUUUGGCAGGGAGGAAGUAAGGGUUUCUGCACACUGUAAGGAAGCAGACGCUCAUUUCCACAAUGCAGUUUUCAGCUGGAGGAGCAGAAGAAGCCCUAUUAAAAAUCAUCUCAGUAAUAAGGAAAACACAAGCUCUCCCUGUGCUACAGUCCUCUCUCAUUUAAGAUUCAUAUAUCAAAUUCAGAAACAAAACCACACAUCUAUCAUUGCCCGGGGCAGGAAGGAGUGAUAUACAGAACCGUACAAGGUAAAUAUUAUGACAUUUAAGGAUUUAAGUAUUUAAGGAAACAGUGAUGCUAAAGGAGAGUAUAAUGCCUAGUGAUUACCAGCAAAUAUGAUGGUGAAUAUUUAGAGCCACUAGAGGUUAAUCCUGGUUUAAAGGUUUGUCUUCUUGGGGCCUUGAGUCCCCUUUGUCCUGCGUUUCCAACUUAACACACUUAAAGAGCGGAUUUAAAAUGUCAUUUCCUAGCAUCAUGUUGUCACUUUGUAUUUGCUGUAAUUUAGCUACAGGACUACUGAAAAUGUGGUCUUAUGCUGUUCAGACAUUUGAGGAAUUAAUAGAUCUUACAACUAUUUAAUUGAUACCAAAUGUCACUCAAACAAUUUUUAAAAAAAGUCGUUCCCCCCCCGUAAGUACCUUUGCUGCAGUCUUCUGCCUAUUCCCUUAACGACAGAACAGAACAAAGUCGUUCUCUGUGGAAUCAGUGUUCGCGAGUACGUGGGAGAAAUUUUCACCCAGUCAAAAAUGUUUCUUUGGGGGUAGAUUUAAAUAACCAAAUAAAAUUCAGGAGAUUGCCAGCCCUACUUUAGCAAGUUUAUGAUUGGGGAGGGGGGGGGGAGGGGGGAAAAACUAAGUGAAAAAGCAAAGGUGAAUUCUAUCAGUACAGCUUAAUUUUGGUUUAGUUUCAGAUUGAAAGGAUAAACCCUACAUAGUACUGCCAAAAAUUGGCUCCAUUUCAUUGUACAGUUUGCAAAUUUUGCAGAAUAUAAAGCUGGCUAUGUUAUGCUUGGUUUAGUUAAAAACAUAUUGCAUUUAUCACCAAAACCAGAAUUUAACUAGUGAAUUCUCUUCAUUUUUUACCCACCUCAUACAAAAAUAAUUUAUUACUUCAACUGAACCAAAAAACAACCACAGCUGUCACUGUGAGUGAGGGUCCUAGUAGAACUAGUAGCAAACCAAAUUUAACCAGUAGUUUCACUCAUGUAUUCUUGACAAUUAGCCAAGGUGCUUGUUAGCUCUAGCCCAAGGCUAUCAGCUUUGGUGACAGGAGCACAAUCAGUACAAAGCAUGAACAUGAACAAGACCUGAGGAGCUUUAUGGAAAAGCAAGAAAUUGAAAAUGUGAAUUCCGUAUUUUUAAAAAAAACAACUCAUAUUUGGCUGAGACCAGCACAACAAGCCACAGGGUGGGUACUCAGUGUGCAAAUCUAUAAUCAGCUGAAACUAUUUCUUUAUCCAGGAUGCCAGUUCUGAAAAGUGCAAUCAACAGCUCUUGAUGUGAGACUUUGCUUAUUCUUGUUGAUCUGAAAUUGCAAAUUCCAUUGCUUUCCCAGCUCAGCAGGCUGGAAUAGCCUUAGACUUACAAAUACAUAGACUUCCCCAAACAUUUUUUGCACUUUAGUAUUUCAUGCAGUCUGACAUCAGAGUUCCUGUUUGCAAUGGGAAAUCAUAAUGGCUGCAGGCAUAUUUAAGACCGAGACAAAAAUACCAGCUUAUUUGGCAGCAAGCUGUCACUUUUUUCAGCAGCACAUGGUUCUGUCUGUGUUUGAGUUAUAUUUCGAGUGACUUCCAUUCCUCCUCCUCAGAAACCUGUUCUUCAUUGGACAAAAUGUCAUGAAUAAAAAAAAUAGGGAAUGGCAUCUACAGAAAAGCAAUGGAGUUCUAGUGAGCUGUCGUUGUCUGGGAAACCUGCUACAGUCACUCUCCAGCCGUUAAUUUGUUCUCAGCUUCUCCUCAGAUGCAGUUUUAAUUUGGUUGCUGCUUUUUCAAGCUAGAUUAGGUUAGCUCCACAACAAAGCCCUAAACACUACCUGGCACGGGCCAUAAGACAGUCAUGCCGUUCUGAGGAGCCGUGUGUGAUGCCUUCUCCUGUUUCACGACUUGUAGGGUCAAAUGAUGGAGUUAGACCUUAAAGCCUUUCUCAGGAAAUGCAGUGUUUACAGUCAAGACUUGGGUAGGUUUGAAAAUCCUCUCUGUACAGCGACACCCAGCGCUGCUGCUGACUGCUGAGUACGGCUGAGGGAGAGGAACCAGGAGGUGGCCAGAACCCCAAAGUACCCCUGAAAGGGCCUGCAGACAGGAGGGAUCUGGGCUGCACACCAAAAUCCAAGUCAGAGCCAGCAAAGCCUAGUGUCUGAGCUAACGUACUGAAAAGGAAUAGAUGCUGAAGUUUCUUACAGUGCCAGGGAUGAAGCUGUUCAGUCUGGGGCCUGAGGUAAGAUUUUAAUUUUGCAGUACUCGAUGAAGCAUUCUUGCUUCCCUUUAGGUUUCGUUUCCUGGUUUUUGUUCAGUUACAGCAAAGCAGCUUCCUUGUUGCUGACCUUCCUUUUGUGAGCCUAAACCAAGAACACUGAUUUCUUCUAACCUAUUACAGUUUGAUGCCCUGGUAUUGUUUAACUGGACUAGAAAUGCCAUAAUACUUCUGUACUUUAUCCCCCUGGAAAGGAAUUUGAAACAGUAACUAGACUGCUGGCCUACACUGCUGGUGUGAGUUUAUCGAGAUGAACACCUGAGUCUUCUCAGAACUGCCAUAGUACAUCAGACAAAACAUCCAUUUAGCCACAAGUGCCACAAUCCUGUUUGUGUCUUUUUCUUUAAACAGCCUUUCCUUUCCAAGCUUUCCUUUGUUUAACACUUGCUGCCUAGCACUUGCACUGGGCCUCCCUAGCUCCGUGUAAUAAGGAAUACUGAACAACUGUUACCAAAUCACCUUGUCCACAUUAUUCAUUAUCUUACAGACUUCAUUUCCCCUCACUCUCUUUUCUAGGCUGAAAAAUCCUGCUCUAUUCUGUUUCCCUGAACAGCCUUGUUAUUCUCUGUAUCAUCUCUAGUUAUGUAUCUUUGUGGAGAUGGAGUGACCAAUGACCUGUCUGCUAUUCAACGAGAAUGCAGACUAAAUCACUCAAUUCUUUCAUUUCCUCCAUUCCUCACUGUUCCCACAUUCCGUAUCAAUCACAGAGGAUGAAGAUCUUGCUAUCGCAUAAAGCCACGAGAAAUGCCUGUGAGAGUGUGGGACUCCUGAGAGCACAGUAACUGACUUUACUGUGUAAAUGACUCAAGCUAAUACAUCAUCAGAGUGGAUUCAGCUGCCUGAACAUCCAGAACAUAAAACUGAGGAAAAACUGCGUAGCUUUAAGAUAAGACCGAGAUGUGACAGAGAAUGUCAAAUCAUAAAGUCUUCUGUAAAGAAGAAAUUCCUUGUUCUCCGUGAUAACGAUGGUCAGAGUAAGCAGUAAUCAGACAAUAACUUAGACCUGAGGUGGAAAGAUAGGCUCAGUCUUUUUCUCUUCCCUUUUCUCCUACUCCUGGGAAAUUUGCAUCUGUUGAUUACCAUCUGUAUCUGGUACAGAUACGCCUGUUUUCAGAUGCUCCCUUUCUGUUGUUUUACGUUAGCAUCAUGGGAUGAUAUUAAUAAAACUUAGCACUUUUAAUUAUAGAGGCUUGUGCCGGAUCUCCUCCCCUUUUCAUGCACUGUCCCAGUUUUAGAGAUAGAGAAAUUAUAACAUGGGGGGGAUAUUUCUGCUACCAUAUAAAUGAGCUACAAAUGGAUUUUGCUACCAUUAACAACAAAUAGCAAAACACUAGAAGUAAAAGAUGUUAAAUGUUGUUUUCUUUUGCUCUUUCACAGUAAGAAGCAGCUGAUAAAUUCUGUCAGCUUUUUCCCCCCCCAGUCAGCUCUAAGGAUGCUUUGCAACACAGUAUUCUCGCAGAAUGAUAAUUCAGAAUUUGUAUGCAAAUGCUGCACAAAUAGAUAUGUUGGAAAGGAUUAGCAAUCUUAAAAUUCUAAGAGCAUAUUUUUAACAGCACUGUUGCAAAGAUUGUUUUUGGAAAUCCGUGUGUGUAUGUAUGUGAUUUGAUCCAAAACCCAGAAGUAAAGGCGCAUCUGAAGUAGGAUUAGAGGCCAGAAAUUCAAACUUGAUUCUUUUCCUCUAUUUUAUAAAUGAUUACUUUCGAAAUACAACUUUAAAAAGUGUCUUCACAAACCAAAAAGUAAAAGAGAAAUGCCACUGUGUACACUUCAGAUUCCAUCUAGCUGCCCUGAGCCCGACGCAGUGAAAUAGCCAUGCUGAUUUUACAUCACCAAAGAAUCUGCUCGAGUAUUUUUUCAUCUUCCUAAGCACUUCCAGAUACUUCUGUACUGUGAGUCAUUUAAGACUAAUAGUUACAUUUUUUAAAUGACUUACAAUUUUGUCACUAAAAUGGUGCACUUCACAGCUUUGCCAGACUGCAGCAUCGUAAAGCUAAUUUACAGUUUUUACAACAUUGCUUUUGCAGUCUUAGUAGUUUACAUUAAAAACCUUUAAGCCACUAAGAAAAGAAGCCUGCUCUGUAGAUUUAAAUUCUAACCUCAUUUACCAGCGCAAGUCCCAUAAAGCCACGAUGUACUCCUACAAAAAUGUUAUUGGACUUCUUGUAAUAGAUGGAAAGGUAUCAACACAAUUCUCUUACAAUACAAAGCACUAUUUUUGUUAAUAUUUUUAUCUCUGGCAACAGCUGGUCCCCUCCUCCUUGGGCCUGUGCACAGCUUGUUUUCAGCACGUUAAGAGAGAAGCUGAUCAGCCUAAGGGGCCUGAUCAGAGAUCUCUGUGUGGGCCUCAUACCACAGGUCCGUUCUGUUUUGUGGCGUUUUUUUUUUCAGGUGAAAGGCAUUGCUGUUAGAGAGUUUUAAAACAUUCAGUAACUGAUGGACUCCAGCUACUACCUUCCACUAGAAAAAAAAUAUAGCUUAGGUAUACAGUGAAGCUAAAACAAGUGAGAAACUGUCGGGGGACUUCUCGUCAUGAUUUGAUAUUUUUCAGUCUGUUUAAGCCUGUAGAACACAGAGUUACAUUUAAGCAAAGGACUGCGUUACGUCUCGGAUGGUAAUUAACUGAACGGAAACAGGAAAUUCUAUCUAAGUCCUCAACAGCUGUGACUGAUCUGAAGAUUUGUCUUUCUAGCCUUUGUGUUACUGAUUUGGAUGAUACAUAGGAAGUUCUCACACUUUUUAUACAGCCGUAGAGAUGGUUAACGUUAUUCACUGAGAACCUUUUGCAUGUUAAACCUGCUGAAGAGUGUUUUCCAUGGGAUGUUUGUUUGUGAUAGAUGCUUGGUAAAAUUACUCCCUUGACACGAUUCCUGCUUCAGGAGAGGCUGGUGGUUUUUCUGCAGCAGCAUGUAAAAUGGCACAUAUAUCCUCUCCUGCAUAGGUGAUGAUUGUCUAGUUAAAAAUUACCUAGAACUUAAAGGUUUCCUGGAUAAAUACAGUAACUUAACCAGCAGGUAUAUGGCACACAACACCCACAGCAACAACAACAAAACCUCAAUCCACUGGCGAAAGAUCAUGAUUCAUUUUCUAAUAACACAGUCUAGCUUUUCUCUCUCAUUACCAACACUAACAAACAGUAGCAAAAAUCUCCUGUCCAACAUGGACAAAAAUAAAUAAACCGCUCUAAGAUUAAAGAAUCACUUAGAGAAGCAUUUGAUAGUAACAGUGCCCGCAAUGCAGCAAACAGAACCGAUGUUCUACUCAUUGCCACAAGAAAAACCUGUCAGUAUUCUUGUUCACUGUUCUGUCCAAAAAUAAAAUAAAUGUCUAGGAAUUUGCCACUAUAUUUUUUGUAUUAGAGGUGAAUAGUACAGACUUUACUAGUGUUUCUUGUCUGGGGCUUGGGUGGGUAGGGGUGUAUUGUAAUUUUCAAGCUAUUGCAAAAGCUGCAUUUAAAUAAGCUGUUCAGUUGUUUUGAAUAACUGGUUUGUGCUUUACAAGGGAAUCCAGGUGAGCCAGGAUUCAAUGGGUAGCCUUCUUGCCUUGCUGUCACAGGGUAACUAGAGCUGAAGUCACUUGUGAAAAUUUAGUUAAGGGAUAGGGAGAUUAGAUGACCCAUCCCUGAUCUGUAAUGUAGUGUACUGUAACCUAAUGAGAUUAGCCGCUCACCUACUGUAGAACUGUGGUUUUGUCAGCAGCUACUUAGUUUGUCUGCCCCUGGUGUGGUAACCUUGGUUGAGAAUGUACUUCUGCAGAUUUAAGAAGAUGUCACCCCCCCGUGUUACCUGGUCUCUGUAUAUAAAUCUUAUUGUCUAAUCCCAAAAGGAAAAGUGUAGCAGAAUAGGAAGUUCAGGGUGCUGCGCACCGAGCCUGGUGUAAGUUUUUCUGACACAGCAGGAGGGGGAAGACAUGGAUCUAACAGCAAGUGUAUUUGCUACAGAGAACAAGAAUGUUUCCUAACAAAUCCUCACUUAGAACUGGCUGAAGCUUUGUUUUUUCAGUUUAGAAUUGUAAGACCUGGUAUUUCCCUUACUGAGGUUUGCAAUAUUAACAUAACGAUGAUGGCAUCCUUCCAAACAGUGCUUUCAGUUUUCCCCCAUUUGUGCACUGAAGUUGGCAGGGGAGGGAGGAAUAUUUUUACAUGCGUUCUUUCCACUUUCAGUCUAAAAAGCAGGUACCAUCACUGAAUCUCACAGUUUCCUAAUGCAUCGGUAAGCAGUACACAGGUGCCUCACUGGGGAGGUGGCAUGUAUGUGCUCCUGGUAUAUAUUUGGGAAUAAUAAACAGACACCACGUAACUUGUGACUUGGGAAGUAGUCACCUCCUCCCACCUCUUAAUCAAAUCCAUUCCCACUCCAACUCUGAUCUCAGUUUAUAAAUGGGUACAAAAACUUUAAAUGCACACCUGUUUUAAUUCAAAAGAAGUAAAAUUGAAUGCUGGUCAGUCUGUCGAGACUUAAAUCAGUGUUUUUCAUGGCUAGAGCUACCUAACUGAAAAUUUCCAUUGCAUUUCCAAUUUCCAAAACUUUUGACCAGCCUUUUGACAAAACGGGGAGAGAGGAACCUCAACCUAAACACACACACACACAAUAAAUAAAUAUUAAAACCACGCACACACACUAAAUAAAUAUUAAAACCACUAUUCCUGUAUAGUGAGACGUAUUUUCUCUUCUGCUCCCCUAUUUAUACAGUGAACAGGUUCUGAAACGUUGACUUUUGCUCAGUCAACUGCGCAUUCUUCCCUCCCCCCGCUUCUCCCCAUGGUUUAAGUAUGUUUAGAACUGAAAAAAGAGCAGAGGUUUGAUUGCUUUCUAUAGUAUGAAGCUGAAGGAGUAAGAAGGAGAGAUAGAAGGACAUUAAAUGAAAAGCAUGGCCUUGGCUUCAUACCACACUUUCUGUGCCUUGUUCUAUCGAUGUAAAUUCUGAAUGUUGUACAGUAAAAUACUUGGGAAAGACUCCUUGGAAAAGGCUGCACUGGCUUCUUUUUUCAGCACAUGUACAUAUAUAAAUAUAUAUACAUAUAUAUAUUUGGUAAUGCCAAACAGCUGUGUUAUAUUGUACUGAAAAUGUAAUAAUGGACAGUUUGGAUGUUUUAUGUAGAGUUUGCAAAAAUUGUACGGCUAUAGCCUUUUGAAGAUAAAUGUACAGACAUAAAUUACUGCAUAUCAGUUAUUUAUGAAUAAAGAGUCUUUUACUGACAUCGCA